ACUUGUAAGUAUAGUUAAAAUAGAGAAAAAUGCAAGAUCGAAGAUGAAAAUUUUGAUUUUAAAUCAAUAUGUUUGAAAUUAAACAGCAUUAAUUAUUCUUAACUUUGUGAAUAAAUUGCUGAUUAAUCAUGUAAAUAUAAUAAAACAACCAAUAAAUGUGAGAUUGCAACAGGAAAUAAUUAUGAUUGUAUUCGUGGAUUGAAUAAAAUGGCAUGUUACAAUUUAACUGAUAAAUCAUAAUAAUGCAAAUAUCUAAAUUAUUGUUAUGGACCAAAUGAUAAAAUACUGGAAUGUAAUCCUAAUAAUUAUUAUGAUUGCUGCCGUGAAGCAUUAACCAAAGAGUCAUGCUUAUUUCAAAAAAGAUUUGAAUGUUAAUGGCAAAAUGGAUGUUAGGCUUAUCAAUAAAAAAUUUAAAAUGAAUGCAAUUAAAUUAAAGAUGCUUCAGUAACUGUUUGCACAUCUAUAAAGGACUCAUUUUGUAUAUUUGAUGCUGAAAACUUCAAUUGUAAAUAAAUUACUCCUGAAAGUUGUGAUGAAAUCUAAACUUCUGAUCAAUGCAAUAAAAUAACAGAAUAUCCUUGUAUCUGGGAAGAGCUUAAUGAAAUUUGCAUCUAUAAAGAUAAAGAUAUUUUAGAUUAAUGCACCAACAUUAGUGAUAAUAAUGGCAAUUUGAAAGCAUGUACUAUGAUAGAAAGAAUUGGUUAAAAAUGUAUAUUUAUAGAUAAUUAAUAUGGGAUUAAUAACUGUAUUAAUAAUAUUAAUAUUACAUCUUGUUUAUAAUAAAAUGUUAGUCCGUGUGAAUGGGCGAUAAAAGAAGUAAAAGUAAAGAAAACAAAGGAUAUUACAAAAUUGGAAACCAUAAAAAUAGGAGAGUGCUAAUAAUUUACUGAUUUUGAUAAUAGAGACUGUAAUUUACUUCUAAGUUAAAAAUCAUGUAUAUCAGUUAGAAAAUUAGGGUAAUUUUGCAGAUGGAAAAAUAAUUAAUGCCAAAACUUUUCUUUAUCUGAUUAUUAGAUUAAUAAAUAUAGGCAACCUGAAUUAGCUUAAAUAGUUAAUCCAAAUGUUUGUGGAUUAUAUUAAGAUUAAAGAUUAAUUUCAUAUUCUUAAGAACUUGCAUCAUGCAUUGAAGUAAAAGAUUCAAGCAAAUUAUCUUGUUAAUAAUCAAAAUAUGGUUUAAAUUCAGUAUCUUGUUUCAAAAUUUAAUCUGAAUCGUGUAAGUGGAAUCCUAUCCACAAAACAUGUGAAUAAGUCACAAUAAAUAAUACAAAUCUUACAAUAUCUUGUGAUUUGCCUGGCCUCAAUUCAAAAGCAUGUACAUUAAUUGAAAUAAAUGAUAGUUGCGGUUUUAUUGGCAACGGUUGUGGUAAAAUAGAUUUAAAUGUUAAUUGCAAACAUUAAGGAUUAAACAAAUUUGCAUGUUUAACAAUUUUGAACUAUCCUUGUGCUUGGAUUAAGAAUGAAGAGGAUGAAAACUAUCAUUGUGAUGACUAUUAACCAUAUGAUACUUGCAACAAUAUUAAUCUGCAGGUUAACUCUAUGGUAUGCUCAUCUGUUUAAAUUGAUGCUUGUUAUUAUAAUAAAUAAACUCAAAGUUGUGAAUCUCCUAAAGAAACUUUGGAUGUUUGUGAUAUUGAGGGUUUAAAUUACAUAGCAUGUUCUGAAAUAAAAGGAUGUUAUUUUGAAAAUCAUAAAUGCUAAACACUUAAUGAAGAAACAUAUAUUUGCCUUUAAUAUCCUAAAGCUCAUUAAGAUAUUUGUAAAAAUGCUUAUGAUUUAUGUAAAUAUAGUCCUUUAAAUUAUGGUUGCGUACCUGCUUAAUCCAAUGAAAUAUGCAAAAGAGAAGGUUUAAGUUAAUCCGGUUGUGUCAAAUCAUAAAAUUAGUGCUUUUGGAAUAAAAAUAAUUGUGAAUGCUUGAGCAUUUAAAAUGUUUUUCCAUUUUGUGAUUAAAUAGUUGACUUUCAAAAAUGUAAUAAAUUUAAACAUUGCUAAUAUGACUAUAUGAAAACAAAUAAUAAUGAAGUUAAUUAAUAAAUUGAAAAUUAAAAUUUAGGGACUUGCAGACCAAAGCUUUGUUCAGAUCUUAAUAAUUAAGAAUGUUAAGAUUUCAAUACAUUUAAUAUUUCUUGUUAUUUAAGCAAUGAAAAUUAGUGUAAAUAGGCAAAUUCAUGUAAAGAGGUUAGAAAUUCAUAUGAGUAGUGCUCAAGCUUAACCAUAAAUGGUAUGCCUUGUAUUUAAGGUAGUGAUUAAAAAUCAUGUAAAAAAUUAGUAUGCUCAGAAUUAGAUAGAGUUAUGUGUUUGAAAUUUUCUAAUUAUUGCAAUUAUGAUGAGUAUUGUUAAACGAAAUAAUGUUAAGAAUUAGAUAUAGAAUAAGUUUGUAGGUAUUAUAAUUGCGAAUGGAAUAUAAAGACUAAAAAAUGUAAGGAUAAGUUAAAAUGCGAAUCAUAUGAGACAGAAUAAGAUUGUAAUUAAAGUACUUUUAACAAUAUUUAAUGCAGUUGGCUGACUUAUAAUUAUAAAAGUUUUUGUGUCUAAAAUGGUUGUGAAUAAUUUUCGAAAAGUAGAGGUUAAUCAUGUACGAAUUAUAGAGUAUAGAACAAUUUUUGUGUAAAUCUUUAAGAUGAUACAUGUCUCUAAUGUGAGGAAAUUAAGGAUUCUUGUUUAUGCAUUGAUCAAGAGUAUUGUAGCUUCAAUUAUACUUUGAGUUAAUGCUAAUCCAUAAAAUGCAAUUAUUUAAUCGAAGAAGAAUGUUAACAAUUUAGUUUUUGCUAAUUCAAUUCUGAAAAAAAAAAUUGCCAUUUUAAUUGCGCUUAUUAUGAUAAUUAACCCGAUUGCUAUAACGAUUCUACAAAUUGUUAUUGGAAUGAUGAAAAAAAAAAUUGCACAUAAUCAUAAGUACAAAUUAUAUACCCCAAAAUUCCAGAUCUUAUUAUAGUAGAAUGGGAACUACUUAUAUCUGUUUGCAACCUUGUUUGGGUACUAUUUUGA